AACCUCGCUCUUCCUUGAGACAUAGCCAGCGAUGAGCCAAUCGCCGCUCGCACCACGACACACCCUUUAAAUGCCCGUUUCGCUUAUUUUUGAGAAAAUUCCAGCAAGGUAGUGACUAUUAAACGCAUCUCACAUUUAUUUCCAUUGUCGACAUCGACUAACAAGGUUUUCAUGUUCGUCGGCCUAUAACCAAUUCACAUCGGAGCACUAUGACGGAACAGCAAAUGGAUUGUGCACUGGAUUUGAUGCGGAGAUUGCCACCGCAACAAAUUGAGAAGAACCUCAGCGAUCUGAUUGACUUGGUUCCUUCCCUAUGCGAGGAUCUAUUAUCCUCGGUAGACCAACCAUUAAAAAUUGCCAAGGAUAAAGAAUCUGGCAAGGAUUAUCUUCUUUGUGACUAUAAUAGAGAUGGAGAUUCGUAUAGAUCUCCUUGGAGUAACACUUAUGAUCCACCAUUAGAAGAUGGUUCAAUGCCUUCUGAGCGGCUGAGAAAACUUGAGAUAGAUGCCAAUCAUGCCUUUGAUCAAUACCGAGAACUCUAUUUUGAAGGUGGAGUCUCUUCGGUGUAUUUAUGGGAUUUAGAUCAUGGCUUUGCAGCAGUCAUACUUAUCAAGAAGGCUGGCGAUGGUUCCAAGAAGAUCAAAGGCUGCUGGGAUUCGAUACAUGUUGUGGAAGUACAGGAGAAGUCCACUGGUCGUACAGCGCACUACAAACUCACAUCGACAGCUAUGUUGUGGUUGCAAACCAACAAACAUGGCUCUGGUACAAUGAAUUUGGGUGGCAGUCUAACCCGCCAGGUGGAGCAAGAUGCUCAGAUCAGUGAGACAUCCCCACAUAUCGCUAAUAUCGGCAGAAUGGUCGAAGAUAUGGAGAACAAGAUUCGCAACACGCUAAAUGAGAUUUAUUUCGGCAAGACGAAAGAUAUUGUGAAUGGAUUGCGAUCGGUGCAGUCUUUGGCCGAUCAAAGACAACAGGCUGCACUUAGACAGGAUCUCGCGGCUGCAUUGCAAAGGCGAAAUGCCAACAAUUGAUCUUGCGAGCAACAGCAGCAUCAGCAGCAGCAGCAAGAGAGCUUUGAUUAUGAUUGCGAAUAGAUUUCAUGGUAUUUUUGGAUCCUCUUCAACCUUGCUUGGGAUCUUUGUAUUUUCACAGACAUCUUUAUAUUCUUGAAAUCCAUGGGAUCUUUGGAUUCUUGGAGAUUCUGGAUUUUUUGCGGCGAUCUUCUUCGAGAACUUCUUUCCCAAAAAGAUCUUUUUGGGCCUUUGGGAAUCUUAAAUGCUGCCACAUGAGUCUUGAGGUCAGAUUGCAUCCACAGAACUUGCGAAUCCUUGGAAUCAUUGUGGUCGAUCUUCACGAAUGAAACGUGACACUUAUUCCUGCGCUUUGUUGCUCAGAGAUAUGAAUAAUACAGACGCGUUGAUUAAACCUAAACAGUAUGAAAUAUUUUUUUGUUUAAUUUCGAGUGAGAGUUUAUUGUAAAUAUGCGGGAAAGGUGCAACGCGUUUUAGAAUGAUAAAUUAAAUAAAAAAAGAAAUGUAAAGUGCAAAAGUGAGUUGUAAUAUUGUAGUCUAACGUUUACUACGUGAGAAGACCUUAAAAAGCACAUCUAGCUAUUAAUCCUCUUUCAGUUUGUGUUAAAUUUAAUAAUUACGAAAAAAUGAUAAUCUGUCAAGUUUUUGUAAUUUGAUCAAGAUUACGAAUUAUUUUAAAAAAUAUUAAUAUUUCUCUUAUACUGUUUAGGAUUAAAUUUAAAAGCGCGUUAUUAAGCGCCGAAAAAUGUAAAGUUAUACAACGCAUCGCAAUUGUUAUAACGAGAAGUUUAUCCUUCGUAUAAAUGUGAGAACUUUAAAAGUUCCACGUAAAAAUUUUCAUCAUUUGUAUUAAUAUCCGUUAAAUAUGAUAAAGUGAUAUAAAUUUUGCGAUAAACUAUUGACAUUGUGUGAAGUAACGCAUUUAAUUCAAGGACAUCCCGUUUAUACUGUUUAGAAUUGACUCGAGCUACACAGCUAAUUCUGAGGAACAGUAUAAAAUGAUUUAUUUACGUAAAAAGUCCAAAAGGAGAGCAUUGCAUUUUGCAUUUGUUAUAAUAAUGAAUCCAUAUAUAGUGCGCAAAUAAAAAUUUUAAAAUUAAA